AUGAGUGUCUUGAAGGAACCAAUCCCGACCAUAGAAGUCCAAGACUGUGACCCACACGCAUGCAAUGAACGACUCUGUUGUCGAGCUCCGGGCUCCGACGAGGAAAGAACAAUGAUCGAUAUUGACGUGGUUCGAAACAUAAUUAUCGGACUGAGUGAUGGUUUGACAGUCCCCUUCGGCCUCACUGCGGGACUAUCAUCCUUGGGUUCCUCAAGGCUUGUCGUUGUCGCCGGAAUGGCAGAGCUGAUUUCCGGGGCCAUUUCGAUGGGAGUUGGAGGAUAUCUUGCAUCCGAAGCGGACCGAGAUCAAUUCAGAUAUCGACAAAGAGUGAUUCGGAAGCGAGUGGCACACUCUUGCUCGAGCUCGAUGGACCGACAGGUCCAAGAAAUUCUGCAACCCUUUGGGAUCAGUCAUGGUCUCUGCGGCAUGGUCAGCAAUGACUUGUUGAAAUUUGAAUACCUCAGAACUACCUCCAAGGAUCGGGCCAAAAAAUCAUCUGGCUUCAAGAAGAGCGCACUCGUCUGUUUGCUCUCGACUCUCCUUUCUAGUAGAAAGACACCCGAUUAUGACUCGGUCUCUCAAGAGAAAUCUUCCGACGAGGAAGCUUUGCAACUCACCGGAUUCGAAUCCGAAUCUUUAGGUCUCGGUAUGACCGAAUUUCUGCUCAAGUUUGGCGAAGGCGUAGAAGAAGUUUCCACAUUUCAGAUGUAUCUCUCUGCAUUCACCAUCGGCUUUUCCUAUUUCAUCGGCGGUCUUAUUCCAAUGGCACCUUACUUCUUCAUCGAUAAAGCAAAUGCAGCCUUAUUCUGGAGCAUUGGUGUGAUGAUAUUAACUCUGUUGGUUUUUGGAUCACUGAAGGCUUACUUCACCGGUGCCAGGAUCGGUUUUAUGGGAUACCUGAAAGGAAGUUUGUCCACCAUUGUCGUGGGUGGCGGAGCGGCUGCAGCCAGUUACUGGGUCGUGAAACUGCUGGACGUCAAGGAUUGA